AUGGAUGUCACGGCACAAAGCUUUGCCACAUCCCUCCUGCGGCGCUGCUCCCGCCGCAGCGCCAAGCGUGCCAAGCACCAGCCCCGCCGCGGCGCCAAGCGGAGCGUCGUGCGGCCGGUGGCGACGCCGCUCCGGGGCGAGCGGUGGGUCACGGCGCCGGUGUGUGCUGCCUGUGGGUGGACGCCUUGCGCCUGCAGCUUUUUGGAGAUGGACCCCUUCCACCCGGUCUCCGCCGUCUUGGCGCUCACGCCUUUGGCACCCGCACCUCUUCGCCCCGAUGCCAGCUCGGUCGCAGCCUUUGCUGAGCUGGAGCUGUCGGGGCUGGAGCAGACGCUGGAGCAGACGCUGGAGUUGCGGAUGGCGAAACGGGAUGGGAAAGACCUGGUGUGGCCAUUCUCCUUGAAGGUGCUCCUGGAUGGCGUGGAGAUCGCACAGGUCGAUCCACCCCGGGAGGGCAAGCGCCAGGAUGCACCGUUGCAGCUGCCGCUUCAACGACAGGCGAAAUCCAUGCGCCACGAUCUGCAGCUGCUGGCAUGGGACGCCCCAAUUGGAACGGACUGGCAUGCCGCGCGUGACUUGGUGCUAUGUGUGGUUCGGACCCGUUCCAGGAGUGUGGCUGAGCUUUGUGACGAGUGCCGGCACAGGCCCAGCAUCUCUCGGCAGAGAUCUUUGGAGUUGCUGCUUGGGAGGUCCAGUGUGCAGGCCACCGGGGAAGUCAUGUGCGAGACGCCAUGGCUGCAACCUCUGCGGUGCCCUUUGACCAUGGAACGGCUGAAAGAACCAGUGAGGGGUCUACACUGCAAACAUUUGCAGUGUGUUGAGCUGGAGGCCUUCUUGAUCACGGCAUCCAGCAGGUGCUUUCAACGCAGGUGGCGCUGCCCCAUUUGUGAUACUUUGUUGCCACCAAAGCAGCUGGCACGAUGUGAACUGACGAGGAGCCUUCUACAGCACCUGCCUCCAAGCGUUCAAGCAUCUCCCAUUGAUGUUGUCCCGGAGGCCUGUAGUUGUGAUGCUUGUGAGAAAGAUCGGUGUGCAAGGGCGCGGUCGGGCGGCUGGGGCCGACGACUGCGCUGCGAGGUCCAGCAGUGGGGUGAGCUGGACUGA